GUUUUCAUUAGUAGGAUCGAGACAGGGAUAAAAGUGAAAUUUAGUGCAACUACGAAAAUUGUUUUGAUGUACGAAAAAACAGUAAACUGCCCUCAUCAAAUUUUAUUUAUUCACUUGUGUAUGAUUUUUAGGAAAGUGUAAUUCGUUUCGAAUCAGUUUAGAAAAUCGCAAUCAUUUACCAAUACUCCAUUGCUCCGGAACAAGGGCUGCUGCAGCGAAACGCAGCAGCAGCUUAGCGGGAUUGUGAUUAGUUAAUGCUAAAGGAGGCUGUUUGGAUGCGAGGCGAUAUCAUUGUGUUAAAAUGUUGGCAAUCAAUAAGCAAAAUAAUUAAGUGUGAGGGUUUGACCCCGAAAAUUUGGAGAAUAAAUAUAAGGUUGUUUAAUUAACAAGAGGCGAUUCGGGAACGGCCUUGCCCCGCCCUAUAUACACAAGAUGGGUGGUGACGCAGCGAUGCGUCGCAGCGCUACGUUAACAUCAACGCACAAUGAAAUGGGUACAAUGGCACACUUGAUGGAAGGACAACGUGACUCUGAGCCGUACAGUACAAGUAGGCAGGGUAAUGGACUUGCGGCGUCAAGAUUUGCUUGCCUUCGUUGCUGUGGAAAAUUCAUUUCAUAUCUUGUACGUUUACGCAACACACCUGAAGAAUUGGAACAACGGUAUAAAUCUCGAGAGAUCGACAAAUUUUUGGAAAAAGAAAAGCACACAUUUCGCCGUCAGGUGAAGCUUCUGCUUUUGGGGGCAGGUGAGUCAGGAAAAUCGACUUUCCUCAAACAAAUGCGUAUAAUACACGGUAUUAAUUUUGAACCCGAAUUAAUCCGCGAAUACCAAUAUGUGAUAUAUCAAAACGUACUUCGAGGAAUGCAAGUAUUGAUUGACGCACGUCAAAAAUUGGAAAUCCCUUGGGAAAACAACGAAAGAGAAAACGACGCAAAUUACGCCAAAUUAAUUGAAUGUAGUAACGUAGAAAUCGACAAUUUUAUACAGGGAUCUCCGUACAUUCGGAGGCUAUGGCAAGAUCGUGGUAUAAGGCGUGCUUAUGAAAGGAGAAGAGAAUUUCAAAUUAGUGAUUCUGUCAGUUACUUUCUAAAUGAUAUUGACCGCCUUGCUACAUAUGAUUAUGUGCCAACACACAAAGAUAUUUUGCAUUGUCGGAAAGCAACCAAAGGGGUUUAUGAAUUUUGUGUAAAAAUACAAAACAUUCCAUUUGUGUUUGUUGAUGUUGGUGGCCAGCGUACUCAACGACAAAAGUGGACAAAAUGUUUUGAUUCAUCUGUAACAUCGAUAAUUUUCUUAGUCUCCAGUUCAGAGUUUGAUCAAGUCCUCGCUGAAGAUAGAAAAACCAACCGAUUGGAGGAAUCGAAAAACAUAUUCGACACGAUCGUGAAUAAUAAUACGUUUAAGGGAAUAUCAAUAAUACUAUUUCUAAACAAAACUGAUUUGCUUGAGCAAAAAGUACGCAAUCCAGAGACUGAUAUCCGCUGGUAUUAUCCCCAAUUCAGCGGGAACCCACAUUCACUGCUCGAUGUGCAAAAUUUUACUUUGCAAAUGUUUAUGAGUGUGCACAAAAGUCCGCAAAGCCGCAUCUAUCACCACUUCACCACUGCCAUAGACACAAGAAAUAUGAAAGUUGUAUUUAAUUCAGUCAAAGAUACAAUAUUGCAGCGAAACCUGAAUGCUUUGAUGUUACAAUGAAAAUGAAGCAGCUAGUUGUGUGUCCUAAUAACCCUCAUGUUGUCGGCAUAUUUACAUCACCACAGUCGAGGAAGAUUUAAAUAACAUAUGCCUGGAAAAUACAACAAACCCGAAA